CUCAAUCCCCCUCCAUUGAAGAGAAGACUUCUCUCUUUCUUCAUUUCUUUGAGCUACGAACAAGCUCAAGGUAAAGCGCUCUCUCUCUCUCUCUGGGUCAAAUCACUUUCCCAGAACCCUACAUUCCCUUCUCUCCGUCGCUGUCUCAUCUCACUCUGCUCAUUCUCUUCCCAUUUCGUCUCGUUCGUGUCUCGGUCCGACGUGAGUUUCUUGAAGUUUCCCACCAGCAAGAAAACUAUGUCGAUGGAGCUCUUGUCCGAGAACCCAAGCGCCAGCCCCAGAAUCUCCUUCUCCCACGACCUACGCCUCUCCGAAGCCGUCGUCCCUCUAGACCAGCAACGCCAUCAUUUCCGCUCGGACUCAGCCGGAGGCCCCACCCAUCUGAGCAGCCCCAGCUUCGACUUCAACUUCUCCAACAACCUCGACGUCUUCGGCUGCCACGAGCCUUCCUCCGCUGACGAGCUCUUCUCCGAUGGCAAGAUCGUCCCCACCACCCAAAUCAAGAAACAUGCUUCCCGGAACCAGCCUCUGAAACGAGAGGGUCAUUCCGAGGACUCCGAGAAGCAGAGCUUGAAGAGCGAGGAGAAGCAACAGAGCGGCAACAAUUCCAAGUCGUUUUGGAAGUUCAAGCGGAGCAGGAGCUUGAACUUGAGUUCUUGCGGAAGCGGGUAUGGAAGGAGUUUGUGUCCUUUGCCACUCUUGUCGCGGAGCAACUCGACCGGGUCGCCAUUGAACGGCAACAACAGCAAGGAGAGCCACCACCAGCAUCUUCAUUACCAGAAGCAAACUUGUUCUCCUAUCAAGCAAGGCUUUCCAAUCAAGCCAUUUCAAGCUUCUUCGCCGUCUCCAUCGUCAUCGAGUUAUCAGAAACCUCCGCUGAGGAAGAGCAGUAAUGGCUUUCAUGGGAACAUCAACAACAACAACAACAACAACGGCGGUUUCCGGGUCAAUCCGGUUUUGCAUGUGCCUUCAGGGAAUCUGUUCGGUUUGAGCUCCAUGUUCCUCGGUGGGAAGGAUAAGAGCAAGUUCAGGAAGUGAUUAGUCUUUUGGUAGUUUCAGCCAAUAUAUGUUUGCGCUGUGUGCUGCAUUGGAUGGACUAGGAGCUUGGUCAUCAUUUGUUGUAUUCUGGACUUCUGACUGUGUCCCUUUUUCCCCUGCUUCGUAUUCGCUUUUCCUGGACGAGCUGUUUGUAACUUGUAAUGUGUGCUCAAAUUAUUGAGGAAUGGACGGGUUCAAUCUUCAUGGACA